AGCCUAAGCCAAGUCUUAACUACGAUGCCACCGACGCCGCUUGCCACCGGAGACUACCUGCUGGUCCUCCCGGAGGACGUCAAGCAGGCUGUCGGCGGAGCCUUCUACGGCGUGGUCAUGUCGAUGACUCGCUCAUCGGCCCGCGUGAAGUCUGUCACGACGACCCUACCUGGAACUUACACGCUCGCCAAGUCGUUGGCUGGGAGGCGUCGAGUACCCAGUUCGGAAGCGGAAGGUCAACAACCGGGAGUCUGGCUGCGGAAGGCAGUCUGCGUGCAAACCGGAGAUUUUCAUUACUACGGCCAAGUUGUACAGGUCAAGGGGGAGCGUCUCUGCGUCUCCACGUACCUCGGUGUGAAGGAGUGGCCAGUGCAGCAAGUCGCCGGCGAGGUGUAUCCGGUCAUCGCCCUGAUCAUGGGUUCCCAGCGCUGGGCGAUCCGAACGUGGGCGUUUGAAGCCCUGGAGACCGCUCACGACCGACUCCUGGACGCCAUCUUGGAGGGCGAGGCGAACAAACCACUCCCAAGCAGCGGGCUAACAGCAAUUGUACCAGAACUCAAGGAACGAACGGACCUGCACGUGGAGUGGCUGGCCGCGGACUCUGGUGCUUCUCAUACUACGUCCCUAGACCACGUGCUCCGGUAUGUGUACUAUGUGGACGGUAAACGUGAGGUCCCGGACACUAUGCGCGAUCGACUAGGCCAAUCAUUUUACGACGAACCAAGUUCCCCAGUCAUGGACGGGCCGGCAUCGGAAGGAGCGGACAGCUUCUUCGAGCCAUGGGGAGAAGAAGACGACGUUGGACACGUCGGCGGCGGCCAUGGCGACAUCCCCGCUGCCGUGCCACCGACAGAGGAGCGCAGCGAAAACCAACUGCAAAACACGGAGCUCUGGCGGCAGACCAACGCGUCCGCCAGGUCCAAAACGGACGACGCAACCGGUCAUUCGUCUACAAACCUCGAACUCGAGGUGAUCGAGCUACUCCAGAAGCACCGACCGGACCUUCUCGCACCGUACCUCUCCAAGGCGCCGCCAGCUCCUGCGCGAAAGCGACCGAUCGAGUCCGAACCAAGUCAUGCAUCGAAGAAGGCCCGCUGUGGCUUCUCACCUACGACGGAACAAGAACGAGCUCACAUGGCCAUCACUAGUGAUCAACACAAAGCGUACGACCUCGCGUUCGGCAAACACGAACUGUCAAUCAUGCAUUUCAAGCGCGUUGGUUUCUUGGACAAGCUACGUUCGCUGGCCCCGGGUAUCGUCAAUAUGUCGGACUACCAAGUAUCGGCGCCAAAGCCGGAGACGCCCAGCACCUGGGCUGACCUCAGCUCAUCGACACACAGCUUCGUGGAGUACUGCAGAGAUCUAUGUGACACUACGACCGUACGCGUAGCGGAGGCGCUGGACCAGUUUGUCCUCGCAAUGGAAGGCUGGAAGCAGAUCCGCGACGAUGAGUUACCUAUCCUGGUGUUGUGGAUCGAUGCGACGCUGGAGAAGUAUCGCAGUGCGGUUCUGCAAGAUCUUCACGACGGAACGGCAUACAGAUCGGAAGCAGCCUUGUGGUUCUCCACGGCAAACCCGGAAGUCCACACUCUCCUCUUUGCGGUUCUUGGGGACCGCACCAUGCAAGGAAGACGCGGUCCUGCGGCGCCCAGCAGAAGCCCCAUGGGUCCAUCAGACUCGCCUCCAGUGACAGGGCGCCGUCGCACGUUGGCAGCAGAGCGCAGAAUCCCCGCGGAUGUAGUGGCAAGCAUCCCAGUCAGAGACGGUAAGGAGGUUUGUCUCCACUAUAUAUCUCAACGCGGCUGCAACCCGCACGACCCGGACCACUGCACGUUCAAGAACCGCCUCCACUUUGUACCAGCCUCCAUUUUACCCAAGCUUCGUAACUACAUCACGUCUCGCCUCGGCGGUGUCUGCAAAAUGCUGAGCGACAAGUGA